GCUGCAUGAUCAACUGAUGGACACACAGAAGCUCACUGGCUUUCUCUUUCACUGCUCUAAAUCCCAUCUUUUCCGGGUGUUUUGGGGGUUUCCCUUGUGUUUUCUUGCUUGACUUCAUUUUCGAGGUGAAGCAAAAGUCUUAAGCGUGGUCUUUUUUUCCCACCUCCCUCACUUUCUUGGAGUUUCUGUUUCCUUCAUUUGGGAUUUUUCCUCCCUUUUUAAAAAAAAAUUCCAGCCUGAUCGCCUGCUCUUCUGUGUGUACAUCAACCCUUCCUUUCCCCCUGCUCUCCUUUUCCUCCCAUUUUCCUCCGUUCCUCAUCUCCUCGUGUGUCGUUUUUGGGCUAUGCUCUCCUCACCCACUGUGAUCCUCCAGCCUUAUGGACUCCCCGUCUACCCACAGGCAACCACAUGCUACCCCAGCAUAGUUCAGGGGGCCCCCACUCAGGAGGCUGCCCCAGGCAGCGCAGACCCUGCCCUGCCUCAGGUCUAUGCCCCGCCUCCCUCUUACCCCCCACCAGGUCAAGGUCCCCCAACAUCCGCCAGCAGACUGGCAACUCUCGACUUUAGCUCUGCACAUCCGAGCUCAGAGUACCAGGAACAUCCCCAGCUCAGAGUCUAUCAGGGCCCUCAGCACGAUGGGGGCGACUCUCUGACAUCUGGCAACACGGAGGACUCUUUGGUCCCCGUGACCUCUGACCCCCAGUCUCUCAGUGUGUCCGUGUCAUCGGGGGGCGGGGCAGGAAGCGGUAGCGAGGAAGAGGGGUCAGGUAAAACCCAACCGAAACGCCUCCAUGUCUCGAACAUCCCCUUUCGCUUUAGAGACCCAGACCUCCGCCAGAUGUUUGGGCAAUUUGGCAAGAUCCUCGAUGUAGAGAUUAUCUUCAAUGAGAGGGGGUCAAAGGGCUUUGGAUUCGUCACUUUCGAGAAUGCUACCGAGGCUGACAGAGCAAGAGAAAAGCUGAACGGGACAAUUGUGGAAGGGAGGAAGAUCGAGGUUAAUAAUGCCACUGCACGAGUAGUUACCAAGAAACCCCAAGCGCCUCUCGUGAACGGUGAAAUCUCAACUUCCGGUUGGAAGAUCAACCCAGUCAUGGGGGCCAUGUACGCACCUGAGCUCUAUACAGUUGCCAGUUUUCCGUACCCUGUAGCGACUCCUACGCUGGCCUACCGCGGUUCAGCGCUGCGUGGUCGGGGUCGAGCUGUCUACAACACAAUUCGCUCCACUGCAACCACACCUGCUGCUGUCCCCACCUACCCUGGGGUUGUGUAUCAGGAUGGACUGUAUGGAGCAGAAGUCUAUGGCGGAUACCCUGCAGCAUACAGAGUGGCUCAGUCAGCAUCUGCUGCCACAGCGACCUACAGUGAUGGAUAUGGACGGGUUUACGCUCCAGAGGCCUAUCACCACUCAGUCGGACCAACAACGUAUGGGGUCGGUACAAUGGCCAGUUUGUACAGAGGAGGAUACAACCGCUUCACCCCCUACUGAGGCCCGGUGAAGGGCGGGGUCGUCGGGCAUCUCUGUUGAACUUUGGGACACUGCAGGGCAGAUUACAAUAAUCCUUAAAAACAACCUCGGAAAUGUGGCACACGUGGUGUCACCUCCUGUCUCCAUCACAACCUCUCUUCGGGAGACUAAACAGACUGAAGGUUAAAAUACUGUAGGACCCACUUACCAUCCGCUCUGCUGGAGAAUACAUAGGAGACGCUGUCGCUUGAAACCUUUUAAUGCUUUGCUUUUUUUUUUUUUUGGAUAAGUGGUUAAAAAAAUACUGUGAGAUUCUUGUGUUUAAUAAUUUGGGAUUUUUUUUCAGGGGUCAAACUGUGCAAAAAACAUUUUGUACAAUUUUAAAUGAUUUAUUUUUGUUGGCAUUUAUCUACUGAGUGUGUGUGUGUGUGUGUGUGUGUGUGUGUGCGCGUGUGGGAAUGUCUGUGAGUUUCAACAUCAAGAGAGCGAUUUGGCUGCGACACUGAUAUUGCAACUAAAAGCACAGAAAUAAUGUUUAUCAGCUGGACUUAUUUUUAUUUCUAACAAUCUACCUCUAAAUCUACAUGUUUAGCUUUUCAUACAGCCGUUACAUUUAAUCCUUGUUUGCAGUUUCUUGAGUCCUUUCCUACCUUUCUGUUCAUAAAUACUAACACAGUGUAGUUUCUGUUUUCUGGCUUCACUCCUUGCUACCUUGCUUGAGCUUUGAUGACCGGAGGGUCACUGUCCUGUAUUUUCUCCCUCUUUUCUCCUUCAUUACUGCUAAAUGACUUCUUUUCUUGUAUCAGUUAGUUCUUCUUGGCUUUGUUUUACUCUAUUCUGCUUUGUUUGAUGUUUACCUCUGAAUAAAUCAGACUUUUUUCUCCUCUAUCUCUUCUGUUCUUUAUUCUGCUUCUCCUCACUCCCUGGGUUUCUGGUUUUUCUUCUGUGGCAACGCAACAUUACAUUGACAAGGCUAUAGAAAAAAAAAACCCAAACAAACCCUUCUUUUAUUUUCUUUGUGUGAUUUCACUGCUUACUGUUUAGUUGCAUCAUUCUCAUAUUUUUCCCUCCUCCUUCUAACACUCAGUGCCAGUAUUCAUGCUCUACAUGUAUGAAAACCAUCCUGGGCCUGUUUUCUAUUUUCUGCACAUUCUAAACUUCCAGAUUAUUGGCCUUUGUUUCAUUUCCUUUGUAAGUUUCACCUCAUGUGAUAGAUCAGCAAUGCAUUUUAAUCUUUUCUUAUUAAGUCUUAUAAGUGUUUUAUGCAACAACUUCUUUACUCCACGUUUGUUUCCUCGUGUGAAUUUCUUCUGUACCGUUUCGCUGCUCUGCUUCUGCCUUUUUUCUUCUUAGUAGCAUUUCUUUUAGCGUUUAGUCUUUUUCGUUUGCCAGCUUUCUUGCUAUUUUUAAACUGAACUGUCCUUUGCCAUUAUAUGCCUUUUGCUGUUUGCAUGACAAAAUGAUUUUUUUUCCUGCUGCACUUUCUACAUCUUUAACCUUCCACACUAACUUUUUUCCAGCUGCUCUCAAGGAUUUUUAAUCUGUGUUGGUUAAAGUAAAAACUAUCACCAUAUGAAUGAACAUUAAACCAUCGUGCUUCGUCUGCUAGCUGAUCUGCUUUAUCACAGAUGCCAUCAUUCAACAUCUUCAUAAUAAACUGUUUGCAAGCAA